CCACCCACAGCUCUCCCGCCCGUAGUGCAAUGGCAAUGGAAUGCGAACCACUGACGACUGGCGAUUUCAACGUUCAACGAGGGCUGAUGAAGUCGAUCACUCGCUCGCAUCGCAGUCAAAAGGUCGCCAACGUGCCUUCUCCACCGCGCUGGCGGUAUUGGCACCUUUGAUCGACGCCGACUCACCUCCAGACUGCAAUUUGACCCGCUGCGUUGCCGGAACAUGCGCGUCAUACUGCAGCCAUGAAAUCGCUGGCCGACGCAAGAUCACGAUGGGGCGAAACGUUCAAGGACGGCUCCACCAUUCCCGAUCUGCAACGCGCCAUCAAGUUCAACGGCCCCAGCAACCCCUGCGCAGCCGGCCUGCGGUCCGUCUGCUGGAAAGCUUUCCUGCUCUGGAGGGGUGCGCCGGCCGACAAGUGGCUGGACCUCGCCCGCGAGUCGCGUGCAUCGUACAGCGCCCUGUGCGAGCAGCAUUUGCGCUUCAUCAGGCACCCGGAGCAGCUCGCCGCCCUCUCCGUUGACCCCCUCGCCGACGACCCGGAGUCGCCCUGGGUUGCUGUGCGCAAGGAUGAGACAGUCCGCGCCGAGAUCUUGCAGGAUGUCCGCCGCCUCCCCGACGACCCCUUUUAUCACGAAGAGCGCGUCCAGACCAUCAUCCUGGACAUUCUGUUUCUCUACUGCAAGCUCAAUCCCGCCGGUGGCGGCUACCGCCAGGGCAUGCACGAGUUGUUGGCUCCUCUUGUCUGGGUUGUGGCCCAGGAUGCGGUUGACCGUGCGGCCGUUGUCUCUGACGAUCCCUCCGAGGCACUCUUGGCCGAGAUGUUGGACUCAAGCUUCGUCGAGCACGAUGCCUUCGCUCUCUUCUCGAAGCUCAUGGAGAGCGCCGGUGGCUUUUAUGAGGUGGAAAGCGACACAAGUGUGGAUGCACAGCAAAGGAACACCAUCGUGGAAAGGAGCAAGUACAUCCACGAGGUUGCCCUGAUGAAGAUAGACGAGGAGUUGGCAAACCAUCUGCGGAACAUCGAGGUACUGCCGCAGAUCUUUCUCAUCCGGUGGAUUAGGCUUCUUUUCGGCAGAGAGUUUGGUUUUGACCAGUUACUAACACUCUGGGACACGAUCUUCGCCUACGAUCCCAAUCUGGAGCUUAUAGACCUCAUCUGCGUCGCCAUGCUCCUCAGAAUCCGGUGGACGCUACUCGACGCAGAUUACUCGGUUGCAUUACAGCUGAUGUUGAAAUAUCCCGCUCCGUCGCCUCCGCAUGGCCCCCAUACCUUCGUUGACGACGCCAUGUACCUCAAGGAACACUUCGACGCCGCUGGCGGUGUCACUCUAAUCUUCAAGUACACCGGCAAGAGCCCGUCAAACACGUCCGUCACGACGCCGGUACCGGUACCGUCGCGUACAUCUACUCCAUCAUUUCCGAAACUCAACAAGUUGCGACAGCGUACCCUGGGCGCAAGAUCGCCGCUGUCGACAUCGGCGAGGAUCCUGCAGCAGCCUGGCGGAGUCGAGGCCUUGCUGCAGGGCGCCGCCAAGAACAUGAUAGAGAGGGGAGAAAAGCUUGGAAUCAGCCAGGCUGUCCGCGACGCUGUAGGCGAGAUCCGCCGCAACGUCCAGGACUUCCAGCAAAGUCGCAUUUCGACGACCAGAGGGGGGCGCAGCCUGUUCGGUGAAGCCGGUCUGCCAUCACCGGAUUAUGCGCUGACAAUCACGUUGAUGGAAAAGAGAAACCGUCGGCUGGCCGCCAUGCUGGACGAGUCGGUCACCAACCUUAAGCUGCUGGCAGCGUCGGAACUCCAGGGUGAAAAGGAGAAGAACCUCGAGACUGUCGAGGUAGCGGCAGCUAAGAUACAGUUUGUCAAGGCUUGUUUGGAAGAUCCAUCACUUGCGCUUCCGGAAGAGGAGCUGCCUCCUCUUAGUACGCUGACCAUCUCGAACCCUACCGAGGUCAGUUUGCCGACGGUGGCACUCGACACCACUCCCGUGGUUAUGACUUCAUCAGCCGUGGAGGAGACGCGAACGGCAUUGUCUUCGCCGGAAUCGGGAAAGACGAGCAGUUCGCUACCCUCUCCGCCAAAGGAAUCGCAGACCCGGGAGGAGACUGAGACGCUUGACAAGAUGGACACUGAUAUCCAUGGCGACGGCGACACACUACCACCUCUCCAAUCGGAGGUUAAAAGUGGCUCGCCGCCGGUUCCGACUGUGCUUCCCCAGUCCCAAGUCCUUGUCACCCCGAUGGCUCAGCGACCACAGGGCCCGAUCCCGACCAGGUCAACACUGGCGCAGUCAUCGUUCGCAUGGAUGCUGGAGCCAGACACAACCAGCUCGUCCUUGCCACGGCCGUCUCCGUUUUCUCCCCCAUCGGGCAGGCCGCCCAGCAGCAGCGGAGGGGCGAGCGGCGGCCAGAAGAAGCGGCACAACCCCAGCAGGGAGAGAAACGCCUUCCUCUUUGGAGAGGUCACGGCCGAUUGCGCCGGCGAGGCGGCGCUGUCGGCAAAUCAGAUCUUUGGGUUGCAGCCCAUUCGGAAAGGGGGAUGAAAAAAGGUGCAACAGCAGCAGUAGAAGAGCAUUUU